GGCGGCGGCACUGGGCAGCUCCUCGGACUCCGCGUCCCCGGCGGUGGCCGAGCUGUGCCAGAACACGCCGGAGACCUUUCUGGAAGCCUCCAAGCUGUUGCUCACCUACGCGGACAACAUCCUCAGGAUGUGCUGAAGCCUUCCCAAGAUGAGUGGGGUAAAACUUAGGAGGCCAUGGAAGCAGCCAUGACCUUGGAGAAGAACCUGAACCAGGCCCUUUUGGAUCUGCAGGCCCUGGGUUCUACCUGCAUAGACGCUCAUUUCUGUGACCCCCUGGAGAACCAUUUCCUGGUUGAGGAGGAAAAACUCAUCAGGAAGACAGAAACCCUAAUGAUGAAAAAUACAGAUCUAUCCGGAUUGGAAAUGCAGCAUUUUCUACUAGACUCUUGCCCGUCAGAGGAGCUGUUGAAUGUUUGUUUGAAAUGGGCUUUGAAGAGGGAGAAACACAUCUUAUCUUUCCUAAAAAAGCUUCAGUGGAGCAGCUGCAAAAAAUCCGUGACCUCAUUGCCAUAGAGAGAAAUAGCAGAUUGGACGGAUCAAAUAAGAGUCACAAAGUAGAACUAUCUCAGCAACCGGCAGCCAGUUCCAGCACCCAGCUUCCUGCAACACAGUCAUCAAACCCUAGUGGGCUAGCCCAGCACGCGGGCAACAGUGAGGGGCAGCCAUCAAGUCCACCGGCGGCGUCAGGGGUUACUGCUGGUUCAAUCAUUCUAAAAGUGCUUCAGGCCAACCUUCAGCAUGUGCUGGUCUACGAGAAUUCUGCUCUCCAGGAGAAAGCGUUGGCUUGCAUUCCAGUCCAAGAGCUAAAAAAGAGGUCGCAAGAAAAGUUAUCUCGAGCUAGAAAAUUGGAUAAAGGUACUAAUUUAAGUGAUGAGGAUUUUCUUUUGCUGGAGCUUUUACACUGGUUUAAGGAAGAAUUUUUUCAAUGGGUGGAUGACAUUUCAUGCAGCAAAUGUGGUGGCAAGACUAAGUCUAGAGGUGAAGCAUUAUUUCCCAAUGAUGAGGAGCUAAAGUGGGGUGCAAACAGAGUAGAAGAUCAUUACUGUGAUGCAUGCCAGCUCAGCAGUCGGUUCCCGAGGUAUAAUAACCCAGAGAAACUUUUGGAGACGAGAUGCGGACGGUGUGGCGAGUGGGCCAAUUGUUUUACACUGUGCUGCCGAGCCUUGGGGUUUGAAGCCCGCUAUGUUUGGGAUUAUACAGACCAUGUCUGGACGGAAGUCUACUCUCCUUCUCAGCAGCGGUGGCUGCACUGUGACGCAUGUGAAGAUGUGUGUGACAAGCCACUCCUCUACGAAAUAGGAUGGGGCAAGAAGCUUUCUUAUGUCCUAGCAUUUUCUAAAGAUGAGGUGGUUGAUGUCACUUGGCGAUAUUCUUGUAAACAUGAAGAGGUGAUCUCCAGAAGAACUCAGAUUAAAGAAGAAUUACUUCGAGAAACUAUUAAUGAGCUUAAUAAGCAGAGGCAAAUGUCUUUGUCAGAAAACAGAAGAAAAGAACUUCUCCAGAGAAUAAUUGUGGAGCUUGUUGAGUUUAUAUCGCCCAAAACCCCUAAACCUGGAGAACUUGGAGGAAGAAUAUCUGGGUCAGUGGCCUGGAGAGAAGCCCGAGGUGAAAUGGGUCUAGAGAAAAAAGAAACUGUGUUCAUCCCCUCUGAAAAUGAGAAGAUUUCUAAACAGCUUCACCUUUGUUACAAUAUUGUGAAAGAUCAUUAUGUUCGAGUUUCUAAUAAUAAUCAAACCAUUUCUGGAUGGGAGAAUGGUGUGUGGAAAAUGGAGUCCAUAUUCAGAAAAGUUGAGAAAGACUGGAACAUGGUGUAUUUAGCCCGAAAGGAAGGAUCGUCUUCUGCUCGUAUUUCCUGGAAGUGCGAGUGUGGGUCGGUUGGCCUGAAAGUGGAGAGCGUCUCCGUGAGAGCCAGCAGCCAGACCUUUGAGACGGGCGUGGUGCAGUGGACACUUCGGGGCAAUGCCGCACGGGUGGAGCUGUCGGGCGAUAAAAUUCUUCGCUCCUAUCAUGAUUUUUCUGGAGCCACUGAAGUUAUUUUGGAAGCAGAAUUGAGCAGAGGAAAUGGUGUCGUUGCUUGGCAACAUACUCAGCUGUUUAGACAAAGCUUAAAUGACCAUGAAGAAAAUUGUUUGGAGAUAAUUAUAAAAUUCAGUGACCUUUGAGAACCUGAACAUUAUAGAAAAGCUGGCAAUAAUCAAGGAUUUACCAUGUUUUAAAUUAGUCUGUUGGUUCAGUGCAUGCUUAGUGGGCAAUUUACUACCCUCUGCUAGCAUAUUUCUUUUGCUGGCUAUCCAUCAUGUAUCCCUCAUGAAAAUAUAUUCUUUGUACUAUGGGCCAUAAUGAAACCUUGAGUUAAAAACUCCCUUCCAUAUGUGACUGUAACUCGGAGUAAAGUCUUACUGCCCCAGUAUGAGGUUUUAAUCUAAAAAGUGUAAGUAGAGUUUUAAAAGUAAAAUGACAUUAUUCAUGAUUAAAUGCUGUUCAUGAUUAUGAUAAAAUCUUAAGCUAAAAAUGGUAAUGAGAUUUUCUGCUCAGCCAUUAAUUUCUUCAUAAGUUAAUUCAGUUGGGUUUCCUAAGAUUUUAAAUAACUGAAGAGUAGCAUCUCAUAAGUUAUAAUGCAUGAAAAUUUUUAUGAUUGUAAAUACAUAGGCAUUUAAGAAAUAAAAUCAGUUAUUUUGCUUUAUAUCUUUUUAGUGGUUACUUUGCCUAAAUAAAAAUCUUUAAUAAGUAUACUAAACAUUGAAAAGUGCUUGAAUAGACAAGAAUUAUGAAAACAUGUAACAUUGUAUAAAUUCAAAAAUACAUUAUAAAUCCAUUAUAUGUAGACAUUCAGAAAAUACUUUACUUCUGAUUUUAUUUUUGAGUAUUUUUAUCUACCUCAUUGAAUAAACUAUCAAUCUUGACUUUGAAA